AACGGCUCCCGCUGGGCGCUCUCCUUCGACAUGUCCUCCCUCUCCAGCAGCCAGGAGGUGAACCUGGCUCAGCUCCGUGUCCGCCUGCCCGGCCUCUCCCGUGCCCACAACGUGUCCCUGGACAUCUACCACAGCCAGCGGCGCAGGUGCCGGGGAGAUGGGACCUGCGCCCACCAGCUCUUCCUGGGCACCGUGGCUGACAGCCCCUCUGCCACCCAGGCCUCCUGGAAAGUCUUUGAGGUCACCAACCUGCUGCGGUCCUGGCUCCACCAAGCCGCGGUCGCUGGGCACCACAGUCCCACGGGAAGGGGGCAGUGGGAGCUGAGCGGGCUGGCUGCCCCGGCCAGCGCUGCCCUGACAGACACCGGCCACGGGGACCCAGCGCCGCCCCAGGACGUGGCAGACAGAGUCCUGCUGCUCGUCUUCUCCAAAGACAAGUCUCCGGGGGACCACAGCCUCAUCAGGACCGCGGAGACCUCCAAGUACAUCAUGCGUGACGGCGGGGCGCGGGGCGCGGGGACGCGCCGGCACCGCAGGAACAGGAUGGAGAGGCAAAGGAUCAAAGCGAGCGACGCUGCCGCGGCCGUCCCGCGGGAGCAGGGCAGGGCCCUGUGCAGGCGGGUGGACAUGAUGGUGGAUUUUGAGCAGACGGGCUGGGGAAGCUGGAUCGUCUACCCCAAGAAGUACAACGCCUACCGCUGUGAAGGGCUGUGCCCCUCACCCGUGGACGAGACCUUCAAGCCCACCAACCACGCCUACAUACAGAGUUUGCUGCAGCUCUACAAGCCCAACCAGGUGCCGUGUCCCGCCUGCUCCCCAGUCAAGAUGAGCCCCCUCUCCAUGCUCUACUACGAGAAGGGUGAAAUCGUUGUCCGCCACCACGAGGACAUGAUCAUCGAGGAGUGUGGCUGCAACUGA